GCUGAGCUUGGCUGCAGCGAGACACAGCUACAAACCAAACUCUACUCGGAAAAACACAAGGAGGCGAAGAGUGAACACAACCUACAGCUCGUCUUUCUUUCCAUUGCAACCUCCUUUUAUUUUUAAAGUUCAACUGUGGGAAAUUUGCCUGUAACUCAGCUGAGAAUUAGUUCAUGUUCAACAACAGACCUCUACAAAGCAUCCUCUUGUAUCCCAGUUACACUUUCUUCCUCUUUCUUUUAAUCUCUUCCCUGGAGGCAGAUUGGAUUGGAGUUUGGGAAUAUAAUUGAAGAGGUAAAAAAAAAGAAGGACAAGAGCAUAGAGCUGCAACCGAUUACAAAGAGGGGGAGUCUGAGCUGUUUGUUCUGCUGAUGCCCAGCAAGACUCCAGUCGUGUGUGUCUGAGAGAAGCAGACAAUCAAAACAAGACACGAAAAAGGGGGUGUCACCCCUCAACUGCAUGUCAGGUUUAAAGAGACCCUGGCUCCUGUAAAGAUGGCUGACGUGGUGCAGCCAGACCCAAACAGCCUGCAGAUCCCGGGUGACGAUCUAUCGGCGCCUUCAUCGCCGGCCACAGCUAGAAAUGACUGCAGCAUCACACCAGUCACACCGUCACCCUCGCCUAGGGUGGAGGUCCGACCGAGGAUGGCCUGUCCGUUCUCCGUCGUCGUGGCGAUAGAUUUCGGGACGACCUCCAGUGGCUACGCGUUCAGCUUCUCCCAGGACUCAGAAGCCAUUCACAUGAUGAAGCGCUGGGAGGGCGGCGACCCCGGAGUGGCCAAUCAGAAGAGCCCAACGUGCCUGCUGCUCACUCCUGAUUUACGGUUCCAUAGUUUUGGGUUUGCAGCCCGAGACUUCUACCAUGACCUGGACCCAGAGGAGGCCCGGCACUGGCUCUACUUUGAUAAAUUUAAAAUGAAGAUUCACAGCACAAGUGACCUCACCAUGGAGACAGAGCUGGAGGCGGUAAACGGUCGGAAGGUCAGGGCCAUCGAGGUGUUUGCUCACGCUCUGCGCUUCUUCAGGGAGCACGCUCUAAAGGAGGUGAAGGACCAGUCUUCAUCAGUGCUGGAAGGAGAGCAGAUCAGAUGGGUCAUCACUGUCCCCGCUGUGUGGAGACAACCUGCCAAACAGUUCAUGAGAGAGGCUGCAUACCUGGGCGGCCUGGUGUCCCCCGAGUGUCCAGAGCAGCUCCUCAUUGCUCUAGAACCAGAGGCUGCAUCCAUUUACUGCCGCAAGCUCCGCCUCCACCAGGUGCUUGACCUCAGCUUGCAGCCGAUGACAAAUGGCCUCAACCUGGACGGGCCUCGGCCCUUUGACUCCAGCUUCAGACAGGCGAGGGAGCAGCUGAGGCGAUCCAGACACAGCAGGACCUUCCUGGUGGAGAGUGGAACCGGAGAGCUGUGGUCAGAGCUGCAGACUGGUGACAGGUACAUUGUUGCAGACUGCGGAGGAGGAACAGUUGACCUGACUGUCCAUCAGAUCGAGCAGCCGCAGGGAACACUCAAAGAGCUCUACAAGGCUUCAGGUGGUCCUUACGGGGCCGUUGGUGUGGACUUGGCCUUUGAGGCCAUGCUCUGCCAGAUCUUUGGCGAGGACUUCAUCCAGAGCUUCAAGGCCAAGCGUCCGGCCGCCUGGGUGGACCUCACUAUCGCAUUUGAGGCGAGGAAGCGGACGGCAGCACCAGGCAGAGCCAACGCCCUCAACAUCUCCCUGCCCUUCUCUUUCAUUGAUUACUACAAAAGGCACAGAGGGCAGAGUGUGGAGGCCGCGCUGAGGAGAAGCAAUAUGAACAUAGUGAAAUGGUCGUCCCAGGGAAUGCUGCGUCUCACACAGGAAGCCAUGAAUGAGCUCUUCCAGCCCACCGUUUUCAACAUUGUCAAACACAUCGAGGAGCUGAUGGCAAAGCCGGAGGUGCGAGGUGUGCGUUUCCUCUUCCUGGUUGGAGGUUUCGCAGAGUCGCCCAUGCUGCAGAAAGCAGUCCAGAAGGCAUUAGGACGGACAUGUCGCAUCAUCAUCCCCCACGACGUUGGGCUGACCAUACUGAAGGGCGCAGUGCUCUUCGGGCUUGAUCCCACUGUGGUUCGAGUGCGUCGCUGCCCCUUGAGCUACGGCGUUGGUGUGUUGAACCGCUUUGUGGAGGGGCGCCACCCUAGGGAUAAACUCCUGGUCAAAGAUGGACGUGAAUGGUGCACGGACAUCCUCGACCGCUUUGUAUCUGUCGACCAGUCGGUGGCUCUCGGCGAGGUCGUGAGGCGCAGUUACACGCCUGCUCGUGUCGGCCAGCGCAAGAUCAUCAUCAACAUCUACUGCAGCGCGACAGACGACGUCACGUACAUCUCUGACCCCGGUGUCAGGAAAUGUGGGACGAUAAACUUAGACCUACCAGAGCCAUUGCCGCAACCACCAGGAGCAGUGGGAGGAGCCGGGGGAGGAGUCCCGGAGAGAAGGGAGAUCAGAGCGACCAUGCAGUUUGGAGACACAGAGAUCAAAGUCACAGCCGUUGACAUCAUGUCUAACCGCUCUGUUCGGGCUUCCAUAGACUUCCUGUCUAACUGAGGAGGAGCAGGAAGUGGGGGCGAGGAAAUAACUGAUUCCAAAGAUAGAAGAAAAAAGCGGUACUGUGGGAGUGGAAAAGGCCUGGACCUUUUAAUUGGAUGUGAAUAUUCACACCUUAUGAUUCAAGACAUUCAGACUUCUCAUUCAUUCAUUAGAGCAGGGAAGUGAUGAUGAGGGGGGGAAAGUCCAUCAAAGAACAAAUACAUAUGUUACUAAUGAACUGAUUCAUACAAGUGUAAAGUCACAUAACAGCUGGUUGUAAAUCACUGUUGUGAAUUGUGAGGAAGAGGAAUCAAAGAAUCCUACCUGAGGAACAUCUGGAGAAACUUUACCAACACAGCAUACUACCUGGAGUGAGACUCACUUAUGUAUAUUCAAAGUCUAUUAUCUUUUCUCUCAUACAAUUAACAUUACCUCAUUUAAAUCCUACUUAAGCGUUCAUAACAUUGAUGAUACUACCUGGACUGUUGCUUUGAUUGCGUACCACCUAGUGGCACAAAGACUGAACCACGAGUCACACGGUAGGAAGGACUGACACUGCAUAAUUUGAAUGUGCCGUACAGUCUUUAAAAAAAUGUAAAUGUCAAAUAUGUCUCUUCAGUAUUAAAAAGAAAUGCAGUCUGUAAUUAGGCUGUGAAGCGGAA